AUGCGGAUCCUAAAGGCGCGCUCUGCGCUCUUGAGCGACUUCGAAGUGCUCAAAGUACUCAAAGAGAUGGAAGCAGAGCAGAGAAACGGCCUCAAUCCCACCUCACACAUCAGCGAGAUCAACAAUGACAAAGAUGCUCACCGUCAGCCAAUAGCAAUGGGAGACGAAGAUGAUCUGUGGCUUUCCAAGGUGCCAGAGAAUCUGCGCACGAUUCAAUUCGAAACCAUCUCAUCUCUCAGCCAAACAACCCGCCCAUGCGCGCACCAGGAAGCAGACAACAUCACAGCAUUCCUGGACGAGCUCAAAGCUCGUGGCUACUCAGUCACCGACUCAGAAGCAAAGCGAGACUCACUAGGUCUGAAUCGAUCGGAAAGGCUUCAGAUUGUCAACCAUGCGCCACAAAGUGUCGUGGAGCUGCAUACGCUCGUCGAAGAGCUAGAGGAGCGUUUUCACCCACAUCAGAUCGAGGAGCUGAUCGCGCUAGUACAGACCUACCUUCCUAUCCACCCAUCUGCCCAAGUCAACGCAUACGCAGCAGAAGGACCACAAGACCCAACAGAAGCCAUCGAGGACGCUGCCCGCAACGGCCAUGCUGAACAGCCAGCGCACAUGACCGAAUUCACUGGACAGCUAGCUGCAGCAGCCGACUUGGGCGGAUCUGAUGCGCAUGGCCUGGCGCAUGUUCCACGGCCUGAUCCAGAAGGCCAAGCGGCUCAUCUGGAUUACGAACAAGAUCCGGAGGUGGAAAUGGACCAAGAUGACUUUGUGCACGAAGCGCUCAGCGGAGGCGGAGUUGAGCAAGCUGAUGCCGAUGACUGA